AUGCGAUGCGCGAGCAAGGCCUCCAAGAGCGCGUCCGCACGUCUCUGCGCUGGUCAUGAAGACACUCGUGUCUUCACAGAGUACGAGCUCGGUGUCUCGUACUCUCCUGAUACGGAAGAGGGAUCUGUAACGAAGGCGGUUGAAACCAAGCCGCCUGCCAAGCGUGGCAUGGAUGAUGCUACGCGUCGUAGCAUCUUUGGUUCAUCUGACGAAUCAGAUGAACCAUCGCCGAAGCGUAGGCGCUCGAGGUCGCGAGACUCGAGCGCUAACAGUGGUGUCGGUUCUCCUAUGGACGCCACUUCACAGCGAGGUGCCAGUACUUCUGUGGGCACGUCGCAGGAAGAGCGGGACCGCAAUGUGUUGAGUCUCGCUCCUGUAAAGAAGGCAUGGAUGCCUCCAAAAUACGUCAUGGAUCACUUGUCGGCGACGACGAGUGAUAGCUAUCGAACACGAUUGUUCGAUUCGUCAAGGAUCCAUCACCUUGACCCCAGUGCGAAAAACUAUCGCGCUGAAAACGAAUUCUUCAUCGAUGCUUUCUUCAAACAUCGAUGGUACAGUGGGAAUCACAAACGUGAUGGUCCCUCACUGCUUCAGGCGUGA